AUGAACUUGGCUAGGAUUCAUAGUAUUAUUAAUGAAAAAAGUUACUGUGAACGAGCACAAAAGAUUUUUGAAAGUACUGCAGAACGUUUGGUCAAGUAUCCCUUCAUUUUAACAAAAAGGAUCAAUGCAUUACAAAGACAUGUACGUUCGGAUAAGCAGGUCAUUGUGGUUGGUUCAAGAAGCAAUGAAAUAACAAAAUAUAUACUAUCACUUAUUUCGAAGCGUUUUGAUUGUAUGGGAAUUUUGAUAUCCUUAGAUCCUGAAAAAGGAUCUUUUCAAAAAGAAAAGAAAAAAAUUUCGAAUUCGUAG